AUAUUAGAUUAGUGAAAAAGUUGUUUAAAAUUUGCCAGUGAUUGGAAUAUUCGUUGGAUAUUUCUUAUAAAAAGUGGAUACAAAAAAUAAUUGAAUUUGAGUUUCGCGGGACCUAAGCCCUCCGUUGCCUAGUUACCACUUCAAUUCUGAAAACUCACGAGCAAUAGUUCGGACUCGCAAUGGAGGAAGAGCAGAAAAACGAGAGUUCAAAAUAUGGAAUCAUUAAUUAUAAAUUGCUCGAGGAUUUGACCAUUCUACAAGCACCGAAGGGCGAAGCUGGACGACUGUUUCGUGAAGAUGGAGUUAAAUUGGAGAAAGUCAAAGAAUUGAGGAUUGAAUUUUUGAAUAUUAUUAGUCUAGAGCACUUGUGGCCGAUGAAGAACAUCAGGAAACUCACAUUAUCUCACAAUUGCAUUGAGAGAAUUGAAAAACUGGAGGAACUCAUCGAGCUGCGAGAGCUCGACCUCUCGUUCAACAGCAUCAGUCUUAUGGAAGGGUUGGGGCAUUUGAUUAAUCUGGAAAUACUGAUAUUGUCUGGAAAUAAUAUCCAGAGGGUCGAGAGCAUCGAUAACCUCAGCAAUUUAAUAAUUCUCAGUUUGGCGAAUAAUCAAAUAAACAGUUGGGACCAUGUAAUGUACUUGAGGAAAUUUAAACAGCUUCGUAGUUUAAAUGUACAGGGGAAUCCCUGCAUGCAUCAGGACGGCUUUAUUGAUUAUGUUAUCGCUUUCAUCCCGCAAAUCGUUUAUUUCUCAUAUCGAAUGAUUACUAAAGAGCAAAAGAAGAAAUCUCGAGACAUUCACCGGCUUUCCAUUGCAAAAACUGAAGAAUGUGAAACUAAUCUUCUGCAUUCCGAGACCAUAACUAAAGCGAUAAAAGAAAAAAAAGCAAAGGAGUUUGCAGCCUUUGUUGAAACUCUGAACGAGGAUGAAUUAUUCAAUUCGUUGUUCGAACAGGACAAAGAAAACAGGUUGUUGAAGACAAUAAAUAUAAGCAUUAGAGAUGCUUAUGAAAAAUAUAGAACAAAAAUCAACGUAUUAUCCUGGGAAAUAUACGAAUUUGGGGAUAACAGAGAAGUUGAGAGAGCGACAGAACUUGCAAUGUUUAAAAAAACAAUCGAAAAUGAACAGAAUUUAGUGAAAACUACUGCGAGAAGAUUAAUGAACGAGAUAGAAGAUCGCAGAAACCAAAUUCUGGACGAUUUAAAAAAUACAUCAAUUCACACCUCCGACAAUCAUCCUGAAAAUGAAACGUCUGAGAAACAAUCUGACCCAGAAAAUUCACUUUUGAGUAUUGAACUGAGAGAAGCCCAAAAAACAAUUGAAGAAUUCAACCAUUUCUUGUCCUCAAAGUGGACAAAAUUAAUGUACAAUGAGAUAGUGCUUCACGAACAGAUGGAAGACAUCCUAGAAUCUUUCAAGAGCAAUAUGUCUCAAGCAAUUGGUGAAUUCCUUCACUUCACGAAGGAACUAUUCCACCAAAUGCAAAGUGCUGAGAAGGAUUAUCAUCAAAAUAUCAACAGUAUCAUCGACUCGUUCCCUAUGGAUGUGAAUUUAAACGAAUUGGAAGACCCCGAAACCGUGAAAGCACUUAUUGAGAAUCCUGAAACUCUGAGUAACUGUCUAACCGCUUCUCAUGAAUUUCGCCUCGCUCUCAUUGAUUCUAGGAAAACGACGAUGAUCAAGCGCAUUGAAUCGUGGCUUCGGGAUUUGAUCGAUCAACUUGAAUCGCACGAAAACAGUCGACAUCGAUCUAGGAUUUUGGAGAUUUCUCACUUCCUGCAAUUCCAAAGGGAAUCGGUGGAAGAUAUCUUACAGAUUUCGAACGUAAAUAUUGAUAAAAAUUUAGAAAUUGAUGUCGCAGCUGCACUCGAGGAAUAACUUCUCCA